UAAUCGAUAAUCAUAAGCCUCUCAACCCAAAAUACAUAGAAUUCUCAUUAGCAAAACAUGGCUACUACAUGUUUCUCCAUGACCAUACCAAUCUUCAAAAUUCGUUUCUUCUUAUUCUCAUGCUUUAUUGGGAUAGUUUCAUCUCAAUUAUCCCCUGAUUUUUACUCCAAAACGUGUCCUAAUGCACUUUCAACCAUUAAGACCGCAGUGGAUAAUGCUGUGAAGAAUGAGGCUCGCAUGGGAGCAUCACUUCUACGACUCCAUUUCCAUGAUUGUUUUGUUCAAGGAUGUGAUGCCUCAGUGCUAUUAAAUGAUACAUCAAGUUUCACUGGUGAACAGACAGCACGUCCCAACAUUAAUUCCCUAAGGGGUUUUGAUGUAAUAGACAGUAUAAAGUCUCAAGUGGAGAGCCUAUGUCCUGGUGUUGUUUCUUGUGCUGAUAUUCUUGCCGUAGCCGCAAGAGACUCUGUUGUUGCUCUUGGUGGAUCUAGUUGGACAGUGCAACUGGGUAGAAGAGACUCAACCACAGCAAGUUUUAGUUCAGCAUCAGACUUGCCCACUCCCCUUUCCAAUCUAACUCAACUUAUCGAUACUUUCUCUAAGAAAAAUUUCACUACAGAGGAAAUGGUUGCUUUGUCAGGGUCUCACACAAUUGGCCAAGCUAAUUGUGUAAGGUUCAGAACAAGGAUUUACACCAACACCAACAUAGAUUCAUCUUUUGCAACAUCAUUGCGAGCAAAUUGUCCUAGCAUAGGUGGUGACAACAGUUUGUCUCCUCUUGACACCACCAGCCCAACCACCUUUGACAAUGCUUACUUCAAGAAUUUGCAGAGCCGAAAGGGUCUCUUGCACUCAGAUCAAGAGCUUUUCAAUGGAGGAUCCACUGAUUCUCAAGUAAAUGCUUACAGCACCGAUCCUUCACGUUUCAAAACUGACUUUGCCAAUGCAAUAGUUAAAAUGGGAAACCUAAGCCCACUUACGGGGUCUAGUGGCCAGAUUAGGACCAACUGUUGGAAGACCAAUUAAGAUCGAUCUUGGGCCUUAUUGUACUAAGUUCACUACUACCUUUUUUUAAUUAAUUUUCUAAAAGAAGUGAAGGCACAAGCCAAUGUUUCCUCAAUUGUAUUAAGAAUAUAAUAAUAUGGAGCAAUAAUGCUCUCACGGUUAAUUUUGAAGUUUUCAUCAAU